UUACGUUGGUAAUGUGUUUACAAGAGCAAUAAGGCAUCUAGGAUGUUUGUGAUAUACUGCAAAUAUACCGUAGCUAAGCACUGUGUCCAGGCACUCUGCAAUGGGUUGUACAUAUGAACAGUCUCAGGGGUUUGAACAGGCCCAUCACCAGCAGAACCACACCCGAGACAGUGGGUUCCUCUUAAAAGGGUAAUCAGGAAGGAUCACAGAAUGUAGUUUGUAGUUCCACGGCGCUGCCAAUGCUAAAAAAAAAUACGUCUUUCUACAAUGUAGGUGAACUAUCCCUUUAAGGAAUAAGUUUGCUGACCUUUCACCUGUGGUGGUGUGUCAGUAACUUCGGUUUCUGAUUGGAUGGCUCACCGGCAUGACAUUGAUGGGGAAGAAGGGACGCUAGUUUUUUUUGGCUUGCGAGAUAAAAUUGGAUAAUAAACUGGACAGACAUUUCAGAUUUUUUAUUACUUUCUUCGCCUAGUGAUUUAACGAUGCUAUCCAGAAGUUAAUUUUGAUAUACAUUUGCUCAAAGAGGUUAGAGGCUGGUCUGAUGAGGGCUUUUUCCAGAGACUCAGGAUGCAGCAGAAGAGGAACAUCCAGAUCAUUGAAUGGGAGGACCUGGACAAAAAGAAGUUUUACUCCUUUGGGGUAUUCAUGACCAUGACCAUCAGGGUCACCGUCUACCCGGCCACCCUUAUCCGAACCAGGCUGCAGGUGCAGAAAGGCAAGACGCUGUACAACGGGACCUUCGAUGCGUUCCUCAAGAUCCUCCGGAGCGAGGGUGUGCCGGGCCUGUACCGCGGCUUCGUGGUCAACACCUUCACCCUAAUCUCUGGCCAGGCCUACAUCACCACCUAUGAGCUGGUUAGGAAAUACGUCUCCAACUAUUCCCAGGACAAUACCGUCAAGUCUCUGGUGGCGGGGGGCUCUGCGUCUCUGGUCGCCCAAACCAUCACUGUCCCCAUCGAUGUGAUUUCUCAGCAGCUGAUGAUGCAGGGCCAAGGGGAGCACCUGACUCGUUUCCGGGUCAAGCUCAAAAAGGAGGCUGGUGGAAAGACAAAAAUGGCUUUUGGCCAAACCAGGAAUAUUAUCACUCAGAUCUUUGUGUCCGACGGUUUCCGGGGCUUCUACAGGGGAUAUUUAGCCUCCCUCCUAACUUACAUACCAAAUAGCGCAGUUUGGUGGCCUUUUUAUCACUUUUAUGCAGAACAGCUAUCCAAAAUGGCCCCCAGUGACUGCCCCCAUCUAGUACUGCAAGCCAUGGCUGGUCCUCUGGCGGCUGCCACAGCAUCUACGGUCACCAACCCAAUGGAUGUGGUCAGAGCUAGGGUGCAGGUUGAAGGCCGGAGCUCCAUCAUCGAGACGUUCAAGCAGCUGCUGGCAGAGGAGGGAUUCUGGGGGAUGACCAAAGGGCUGUCCGCCCGCAUUAUAUCCUCCAUCCCCACCGCCAUCGUCAUGGUUUUGGGCUACGAGACCCUGAAGAGAGUGAGUUUGCGACCGGAGCUGGUCGACUCCAGACACUGGUAGAAGACAUUUGCACCCGGUCACAAAUCAUUCCCUAGUCUAUACACUCCAUGAACUGCCUCUGGUGAGAGGAUUUCACUGGUGUUACCGAAGAAGUAAUAGCCACUAAUGCCAACAACAACAUUUACCAUAUCGGUAUAUCUAAUCCCGGAAUGUUGUAUUGGUGGGACGAGGGCAGGUUUAUAGGGAUUGAUUUCUGAUUGAACAUAAGUGUUGCUGGGGGCACAUUUAUGGCCCAGGGACAGAAAUGGAACUGUGGUUAAAAAGCUCUCCCUGUUCCUAUUGCUUAAUGGCUUCCAUGUCUUUGAUCGUUCUGUUGGUUUGCCUUUUCAACUGCUGCUGUAAGUGUUGUAGUGGGGAUUUUAUCUAAUGCGGUGAGGGAAUGAAGAAACACUAGUUUGAGAUUUCCCUGUUAGAAUUUGUAAUUAAUGACUGUCAGCAACAGUGAUACCCAAUUUUAGCUACAAAACAACCAAUCAGAGCUAUUUUCCUCUACUGCUUUGACUUUGCACUUGACACAACCUUCGCCUACAGUCUUCCCGAAAGGACAGAUCAUAGCCACCUUGUCAACUCUGGCUGUAGACCCCCGGGGACCAGGCUAAUCCCAUACAUAACGGAGGAGAUGGGGGCACACUAUUUAGCGUUAUCGAGGCUGUGAAGGGCAGAUUUGAAUAAUGAAAUAAUGAUAUGUGUAACUCUGGGUUGUUUUUGGGGCAGCCAUUUAAUUGAUAAUCUAAAAUGACAUGUUGUAAAUGUUAUUGUUGAACAUUGUUCACCUUUUAAUGUCUUCUCCUUCAAGCUCCAAUGUUCGGUAGUUGGAACCUUGAUAUUUAGCAAUGCAAUUGUGGCGGUAUUUAAAAAGUAUUGCACUGAACAAUCAGUUGUCCAAUUGUGAUUUGCUAACUGUAUAUGUUUUUAAAUGUUAAGUAAAUUACUUUCAUUGAUUUCAGGGCUGGUGCUGUGGGAGGCUAAUGUUUUUAGUGUUUUUUUAAUAUUAAGUCUUGUGAGGAGUACAUCGGGUGUAGAGAGAAAACAUGCCCUUUUUGUAUGAGUUUAAUCUGUCAUUUGUCCCAAGGGUGAUUGUACAUUCAUUUUAAUUUGUUCAUAUAUUGUCUUAAAUGAAAAUAAUCAUUCUGGGGUCCCGUGUAGAACUGUUGUUAGAGCACAGUGCCUGCAACGCUGGGUUCUGGGUUUGCUUCCCACGGGUAGGGGGGGGUGGAAGUCCCUGUGGGGUACUCUAAGUCGCUCUGGGGUACUGCGCUGAAUGAUAGCCUGCUAAAUAACACUGUAAAUGUCAAAUUAUAUAUUUCUCUAGACAGUAGAUUAACCAAUGUUCAUAAAUGCCUUUUGGUUUAUCUUAUGUAAAGAUAGUAUUUUUCUGUGAAUCAUAUAUUAUAGCUUCCCACUACAGAGGCAUGUUUUGUAAAUCCGUGCUCCCCUAGGGUAAAAAAAAAAUGUGAUGGUUUAAAAAAAAAAAGUACUUUUAUUUCAAAAGGAUUAUGCAAAGCACAUCAAAUAUGAAGACUUCAAAAUACAACUGUACCAGAAAAAUACAAAUAAAAUCCAUUCAACACAUGGA